AUGUCCAGCGAAGAGGAUAAACCACCGGCACCGCCCGUCCGGUUGACGAGCAAUCGGGGUGGUGGCGGAGGAGGUGUCGGUGGUGGUGUAGGAGGCGGCUCGGGAGUGGUGGAUCGGAUCGAUGGUGUUGCUCCGGUCGAUAUGAAACCGUUGCCAAAAGAACCGGAAGAUGCCGAUCGCAAGAAGAAAACGCUCAAAAACAAAAUUAAAGUUUCCAAGGCGUCCCACAACGAUUCCAAGCCGAAUAUAUCCUAUCCGACCAACUUUGAGCAUACCGUUCAUGUAGGGUUCGAUGCGGUGACCGGAGAAUUUACGGGUAUGCCAGAGCAAUGGGCGCUGAUGUUGAAGAACUCGAACAUUAGCAAGCAGGAGCAGAAGAAAAAUCCUCAAGCCGUGCUGGACGUGCUAAACUUCUUCGACAACAGCAGCAAGCAGCGACCGAGCUCGAAAUAUAUGACCCAUGGACUGCACACAACAACACACUCGGCAUCGUCCAUAGGGUCGUCGCUGAGCCGGGUAAGCAGCAGCAGUCCGAGCAGCACGCCAACCGACUCCGAAUCGCACGGUGGCCCUGGAGCGCAAAUCAUCUCGAGCAGCCAUUCGCAGGCGUACAGCCUUGGCCUGUCAUCGCACAAUUCGGCCGGCGAUCAUGACAGCGAUGAGCUGGGCGUGCUCAGUGGCAGCGCUAGCGGAAGCAUCAGCGGCAACGGCAUUCCACCACCCAUCGCCAGCCGCCCGGAACGGACCAAAUCAAUCUAUACACGCCCGAUCGAUGAUCCGAUCUCACCGCCAAUACCUCCGCAUUUGAGUGCUGGUGCGACACACCAAUCGUUGGCUAGUGCCGGGUCCGUUCGCAGUCCAACGCAGUUCGACAAGAACAAGAACUCGGUCAACGCAGCGUCCGCACAAACGAUCAGCAGCCUUGCAGUGGGUACCGCCGUGACAGCAGUCCCGAGUCAACAGCUGCCUCAGCAUUUACACCACCAUCAUCAACACCAAGUAAACAAUAUACCGACUACGGCGGUCCGUCCCGCGAUCGUUGCCCCGCUGGCACGUUCCGACGACGACGAUCCCGACGACUACUUGGACGAUCUUGCAUCGGAGCUCACUGAUGACGCACCACCAACCGACGCUAACGAUGACCAACCGCUUCGGCCUACCUCGGCCACAACGCCGGAAACGAAACCAUCACCUGAAGCGGCUGGCGCGACGGACGACGAUGCGCCACAGCAGCAGGUUGCCACCAUCACGACAACAACGACUCCUCCUUCCAUUACUUCUACUACUAGCAUUAUUUGUUUUGCGACUACUGCAUCGCUUUCCGCUACUACUACCACUACUACUACUACCGUUACUACAGCAGGGGCAGUCCCUCUCGGGGCCGUUUCCGGUCUUAAUCAAACCACACUCAAUCAUACGUCGUCCUCCAACCUUACAGCUGGAAACAAUGGUCUCAGCAUCGAUAACACCACAGGUCCUUCGGUGGUUGCUGCCGCCGCCGCCGCGGCAGGCACAGUUCCCGCACCGAACAACAUUAACAACGGUACCAACCUCAACAACAGCAGCACGACGACGACUACGGCGGCUCCGGGCGCCACAACGCAGCAGCGAGCCGCCAACCUGAAGAAGAAGAAAAUGUCCGACGAAGAGAUCCUGGAAAAAUUGCGCACGAUCGUGAGCGUUGGCGACCCGAAGCGAAAGUACAACAAGAUGGAAAAGAUCGGUCAGGGCGCAUCCGGUACAGUGUACACCGCGAUCGAAAGCUCGACCGGCAUGGAGGUAGCGAUCAAGCAGAUGAACCUCAGCCAGCAACCGAAGAAGGAGCUGAUCAUAAACGAAAUUCUGGUCAUGCGGGAGAACAAGCACCCGAACGUGGUCAACUACCUGGACAGCUACCUCGUGUCGGAGGAGCUGUGGGUGGUGAUGGAGUAUCUGCCCGGCGGUUCGCUGACGGACGUCGUGACGGAGACGUGCAUGGACGAGGGUCAGAUAGCGGCAGUGUGUCGGGAGGUGCUGCAGGCGCUCGAGUUUCUCCACAGCAAUCAGGUCAUACAUCGGGACAUCAAGAGCGACAACAUACUGUUGGGUCUGGAUGGGAGUGUAAAGUUGACCGAUUUUGGCUUCUGUGCUCAGAUCUCACCGGAACAAUCGAAGCGCACGACGAUGGUCGGUACACCGUACUGGAUGGCACCGGAAGUGGUCACUCGAAAGCAAUAUGGACCGAAGGUUGAUCUCUGGUCGCUAGGCAUUAUGGCAAUCGAAAUGAUUGAGGGAGAACCACCGUACCUUAAUGAGAAUCCGCUCCGCGCACUGUACUUGAUUGCGACGCACGGUAAGCCGGAGAUCAAGGAGAAGGAGAAGCUUAGUACCGUCUUUCAGGAUUUCCUGGACCAGUGUCUCGAGGUGGACGUUGAUCAGCGUGCCACGGCGUACGAACUGUUAAGGCAUCCCUUCCUGAAGCUGGCCCGACCACUCGCUAGCCUAACGCCACUCAUCAUGGCCGCGAAGGAAGCAACGAAGGGCCACUGAAAGCGGGAGGACGUCGUUCUACCAUCGGCGGCCACCGUUGGGACCGACGUAACUGAUGGACCCUCCUGCAGCCGUGCUGCUG